CGGCAUAGCGAAGACCUUCAGUUAUCGUUCCAAAAAUUCCAUUUCAUUUUUAUGGUACGCUACAAAAUAUCCAAUCAGCUAUCCUCUCAAGAACGUACAAAAUUUACCGAAACUCGGAAUGGUCUCUCAUGGAGGCACACUCCUUUUGACACAUCCAUCAAGCUAACAUUCAAAUCUCAUAAAAUGAUUCUCAGUGAUGUUCUGUUUACUCAUUUUGGGAGCAAUAUCGAUUCGUCUGUACGCAAAUGUGCCUUUAGUGAAAUACAUUUAUUUCCAAACAAAUUUGAUUUUGCGAGAGACUCAUCUGGAACCCAGCUGAAUCUCUCGUUUUUGAUGCUACCAGACAAUCGAAUGUGCUGCGCCAGGCCGCUUCAUGUUCCAACCGCCACGAUAUUUGAGAUAUCGCGAUACAUGCAUAUUCAAACGGAACUGCGAGCCACGGGACCCACCGUUCAAUGGAGAGAAGUUUCUGACGAAAACGAUAUCCCGCUGUACAAUAGGCCAACAGACAGAUUGUGUGAUUGGGUGCUCGGUAAACUAUGGUUAAUAUGGUCGAAUUUCUGUGUGAAAAAAAUAAUCUGUUCCGGACGUGUUGGAGAAACGACUGCCUCCGUAAAAAUUUACAGUCCAUCCAGAAUCUACAGACACCUCUGUCCAGAUAUGGAAGACAAAGGGACGAGAGAAUUUGCUCUAAAGCAGUUGAACUCGCCUCCUGAAGUGUUAAAUGGAGUUUCAUUCAAAUUCAUU